AAAGAGAAGAGACACUACCAAAUGAAAAAUGUGGGGGUAGAUUUGCUUUUUGUAUUUUCACUUCUGAAUUAAUUUUUUAAUCUUACUGAAAAUAUCAUAACUUAAUUUGCUUUUGUGUAUACUGCGUACCUGUGUACUUUGCCAAGUGAAAAUCGGUCUAAAUUCGUGUGUUCUAAUUUGUUUAUCUGGUUUGUUUACAAAGUGAACUUUAUCUUAAUUAUAAUUUAUCCAAUUUGACCUUAUCAUAUCAAUUUGAUGUUACAUACAAUUAAAUAUUACAUUAAACUCCAAAUAAUUAACUAAUUAUCCAUAUAAAACUGCUAAUAAAUAACGACUAAUAACCUCAAAAUAUUGAUUACAAGUUUUCCAAAUUUUUUUGUAUUAAUCCUGAAAUUUUAUAGUAGAAAGUUCAUUGAAUACAUCAAAGUCAAUGCUAAAUAAGUGAAACAAAAAUUUUUAUUUUAAAAGUUAAUAUGAGUUAUGUGAGUGAUUUAUCUCAGUCUCAAGAGUAUCUGAGCUUUAGGAGUGGUGUUCCUCUUCGACGAAUUGUUGUCGAUUCUGACAAUUCAAAAGGAUGGAAGGUGUAUGAUUGUGGCCCAAGAAAAGUGAGAUGUCCUUUAAUAUGCCUACCACCUGUUUCUGGUACAGCUGAUAUUUUCUUUAAACAAGCUUUAGCUUUGUCUGCUAAAGGUAUUCGGGUCAUAGCUGCUGAACCUCCGGUUUAUUGGAGUGUUAAAGAAUGGUGUGAAGGAUUCAAGAGACUUUUAGACUAUUUAGAGACUGAUAAAGUUCAUAUUUAUGGAGCUUCUUUAGGAGGUUACCUUGCUCAAAAGUUUGCAGAACAUACUUACAAAUGUCCUCGAGUUGCUUCAUUAAUGUUAUGCAACACAUUCACUGAUACUGCUGUAUUUAAAAGCCAUGAAUCUGCUGCAAUUUAUUGGAUAUUACCAGGACUUGUAUUAAAACGGAUGGUAAUGGGUAACUUUAUGACUAAAAAGGUUGAUGCUGAAAUAAUUGAAGCUAUAGAUUUUAUGGUGGAGCGUCUUGAAAGUCUUCCACAAACUGAACUUGCUAGUAGAUUAACAUUAAAUUGUAUCAAAGGAUAUGUAGAAGCUCACAAAUUAUCCAACAUACCAGUUACUAUUAUGGAUGUAUUUGAUGAGUAUGCCUUAUCCAAUGCAGUUCGUGAAGAACUUUACAAAUGUUAUCCACAGGCAAAACUGGCUCAUCUAAAAUCAGGAGGGAAUUUUCCUUUUCUAAGUCGAUGUGAUGAAGUUAAUAUGCAUUUAUUGAUUCAUUUGCGUCAGUUUGAAAACACAAACGUUGCAGCAUCUGACAAACCAAUAUUUACAAGACGUAAUUCAUACACAUAAGUUAUUAUUAAUUACUUGUUAAGAAGUCUAUAUUGAAUCUUUACAUUGAAAAAAUAAAAGCAGCAUUUCUUACUUAUUAUAAAUUACAGGAAAUAAAUUAAAUGCGUAUAACUUGUUCGUUAAAUAAGCUAUCAAGAAAAUUAGUUACUCAAAAACAAAUGUGAUAAAUGACCAUCCCAUUUUUGUGAUAAGUACUGAUUAAAAUGAAACAUUGUUUUUCAAUUUUAUGUUCUUAACAAACAUCAGAUCUAAAAUAAUUUAAACCAAAGCCGAGAGUU